CACCAGGCUCUAACCUGCAAAACUGUAACCCACAUCUGACCCUUACCUGCAAAAAGUUGCCACUUUAGAACCCGUACUCAACCCAUAUCAGCCAUCUUCCUGCUCUCUAUGAUGCUUCUGUGUUCACCUCUGAUUCCAAGAGAGGGAAUCUUUGAAAGCAGAGGAGCAGUUCAGUGAGCUGAGACCCUCCCCAACCCAUCAUGGUCACCCAAAUUUUAGCCCAUCUAACCUACGCGUUUCAGGUCAGCCAUGGGGCUGGCACUGCUGUUCUAUAAUAUGAUUUUUGAUUAUUUUUUUUCAGUGUUCAUUAUUGCUGUCCCCUUCUAUGGGUACAGAACCAUUUUCAUGUUGCAAAAAAUGCAUGAAUGCAAAGCCUGGAAGUUAAUUCUUAGUUGAACUUUCCCUUUAAGCAUUGAGCAAGGCCAAGCAAAAUGAUGCGCAGAAGAGUGUGUUAGCAGAAGCAGACAUAAUGUGCACCACUGUCACAAGUGUGCACUGAUACUGCAUGAAAAAUGCUUGGGCUCUGCUGGUGCAUGCACAGAAGCAGUGGAUAGUGGCAACUCUUCCUUAUUGGUACUACCUCCAUCCAACCCUAUGAUGAGCACUAGCAGAUAUGAUAAUGAUGAACACAAAAUCUGCAUGCAUUCUACCUCAUAGUUACAUAAAUUUUUCCAUUCAUAAGCUCAAUUCUCUUCACCUUGGCUUGAAACGAUUUCUCACACACAAGCAACACAUCCAGCAGUGUAACAUGAGAUUGGGCUGUGCAGGCUAAACACAUAUGCCUAAUUACACACGUCAUGUCUAAUAAGCACUAGCCUCUCUGGCCAGGCACACUCACAAGGGCCAUUUUCUCACAGCAGUGACAGUGUGCUGCUGCCAUUCUUAUAAGGCUGUUUACAUAUGGCACAAAAUUGUUGAAUGGCCGAAUGCUUUUCAGAUCCUAACCGCUUUAACCCUUCCUUGUCAAAAGGAUUUGAAGCUCUGCUGCAGGUCUGCAAGGUACUGUACUGCUUUAUGUGCGCUGGAGAGACGUGAGCCAUCAUUCAUCUUGCAUUGCAGCGUUUCCCCUUUAAACAGGGGAGGGGCUAAUAGUACACUGAAGACAUCAUGAGGAUAGUUGUGGUGCAAGCAGCCAAUCAGAGGAGGUCCUUCGGAAUCCAACAGACCUCCAGGAGAAGCAGCGCCAGCAGCAGAGCAGAGAGGGGAUGCUGCAGCAGCGCAGGGCUGUCCUACUGCAGAGCAGCUGCAGAGCACACAGAGCUGGCACCAGCCCUUCAUCAGGACCAGCUGACAGGGGAACGUUGAACUACAGUCUGUCAGUCAUGGUGGUCCAGGUGCAUCCUUCAGAGAGUCCAACAAUUUUUUGGACAUAGCCAUGAACAGCUGCAGGUACAACGGGGGUAUCCCACGACCCCUCAGCAGCCUGAGUUCCUCCCGGAGAAACCUUCAUGAGCAGGACCCUGAAACCCAGCCCCUGCAGACCCUGCACAGCCCGGGAGUUGAAGUAGUAGUAUCCAAAAACGAUCCAACUAAGGCAUCACACCGUAGCCUAAGAGGGGUUGAAGAGGGCAGCCAAGAGGCCUCAAGGGGGCAGAAGAAGAAUCAGAACGUAGGAUACAAGCUGGGUCACCGCCGAGCACUGUUUGAAAAGAGGAAACGGCUCAGUGACUACGCUCUCAUAUUUGGGAUGUUCGGUAUCGUAGUUAUGGUCACUGAAACUGAGCUGUCUUGGGGGGUCUACACCAAGGAAUCCUCUUACUCAUUUGCACUGAAAUGCCUUAUCAGCCUCUCAACUGCUAUCCUGCUUGGACUCAUCAUCAUGUACCACGCCAGAGAGAUCCAGCUUUUCAUGGUGGACAAUGGAGCCGAUGACUGGAGAAUAGCCAUGACCUAUGAACGGAUAUUUUUCAUCACUUUGGAACUAACUGUGUGUGCCAUCCACCCAAUCCCUGGGCAGUACUCUUUCACAUGGACAGCUCGCUUGGCCUUCUUUUAUACCACCUCUGUGGCCAACGCUGACAUAGAUAUCAUACUUUCCAUCCCCAUGUUUCUGAGACUUUACCUGAUUGGAAGGGUCAUGCUCCUGCACAGCAAGCUUUUCACAGAUGCCUCCUCCAGGAGCAUUGGUGCACUCAACAAAAUCAACUUCAACACUCGUUUUGUAAUGAAGACGUUGAUGACCAUAUGUCCUGGCACUGUUUUACUGGUCUUCAGUAUCUCAUCCUGGAUCAUUGCAGCUUGGACAGUUCGAGUUUGUGAGAGGUACCAUGACAAGCAGGAGAUCACCAGUAACUUCCUGGGUGCCAUGUGGCUUAUUUCUAUAACAUUCCUUUCCAUUGGUUAUGGAGAUAUGGUGCCCAACACUUACUGUGGCAAGGGAGUCUGUCUGCUAACUGGCAUUAUGGGGGCAGGCUGCACAGCUCUGGUUGUCGCGGUUGUUGCAAGAAAACUGGAACUUACCAAAGCUGAGAAACACGUACACAACUUUAUGAUGGACACACAACUAUCAAAGCGGGUAAAAAAUGCAGCUGCCAACGUGCUCAGGGAAACGUGGCUAAUUUACAAACACACCAAGCUUGUGAGAAAGAUCGACCAUGCUAAAGUACGCAAACAUCAGCGCAAGUUCCUGCAAGCCAUUCACCUGGCUCAGAAGCUACGCAGCGUGAAAAUGGAGCAGAGGAAGCUCAAUGAUCAGGCUAACACCUUGGUGGAUCUAGCAAAGACCCAGAAUGUAAUGUAUGACCUCAUGUCUGAGCUGCAAGAACGCAAUGAAGACCUUGAGAAAAGGAUUACAACCUUGGAGACAAAGAUAGACUCCAUAAACACCUCCAUUCAGUCUCUGCCAGGGCUGAUUGCUCACGCCCUGCUCCGAGAGCAGGGAGAACUCUUCCUUCUACGCUCCCAUCGCGCAUUUCCCCCUUCAAACAGCUCAGACAAUUCAUGGAGUCCACCGCGUCGACGUACUUCUCCUUCCACAGCUCCCCACACCUCUUCAGACAGCGGCUGAAUAUGUGCGGGGGAAGAGAAAACAGUUUUUGGUGGGAGCGGUAGAGUGAAGACUUAAUGAGUUCACUAAUUAUUACUAAUUAUUCAUAGCCACUGUGUGGUUUGAUUAUGUCAGCUUUUUUUCUUAAAAGCCUUGGAUAUUUGUUAACCCCUGCGGGUUCUUUGAAAAUGCUGGAGUGAAAGUUCUAUUAAAAACAACAACAACAAAAAUGUUUGUGUAAACACGCACACGUGUGUACGCGCAGUGGCGCGAUUAACCUCCUCCUUGCUUCAGGGCUUACCAUGAACAGUAAUUUGAGAUUUAUUAAUCUCCCCAAAUCAUUAAAGAAAAAAAAAUGUAUUUAUUUUCUUAAACUCUGAUUUUUAAGGAUGUCUACAAUGCGUUUUUCCUUUUCAGGAGCCUUCUAGUGGUAAGUUAUUGGCCAUAUUUUUCAUAACUCCCAUUAUAAAGAAGAAGAAAGAAUGUUUCCACGUAUAUUUUAAUAAACGCCUUGAAGGCAGGGUUCUUUUUAGCCCCAUUGCUACCAGAAAAGCCUUGAACGCCCACCCGGUAGUAAGGGUUUAUGGUGAAUAUGGUCCUUAAGUAAGGUUUUGGACUGUACGUGUGUGUGUUUACAUACAUAAAUAUGUAUAUAUAAAUAUACAUGCAUAUAUUUAUAUAUAGAUAACAGAGCUAAAAAAAAAAGAUCAGAACUGUAUUUUUUUAAUCUUAUGGCCUGGAGUGGUGUAAUAUGACAUAUACAAGUGUACUGCCCCACUGGGUGGCAUGUAUUUAUAUAGAGAGGCCAGGGUGGGUGGCCUUUGUUAUAAGAAUCUGUCUCUAAGAAUUUAUUCUUAAAAAACUGCCAAUUUAAUAUGGGAGACUUUAAAACCUGGCUUGAGGCACGUUUACAGAUGUUCUUCUUCAGUAAAUUCCUGGUGCUUCUUAAUGUUAAGGGCCAAAAAUUCAAACAUAAGCCUGUGCUCAGGAAGCCAUCAAGUAAGUUAAUUUACAUAAGUGUAAGGUACCCCAGCAUUGCAGGAGCCCUACAAAACAAUGUUUAAUUCUUUCCUGUAUGCCAUGGGGUCCCCAAAAGGAAGAGUGGGUUUCUGUAUGUUACAUGUGUGUUCAUUUCUUUAUCCGAUUCUGGCCAAAUUCAUCCUGUGCUUUUCUUUUAAUUAAACCUAAAGCCACCCUCAAAAACCCUCUUUCCUCGGAGGAUCUUUGCAUCAGGAACAUUAAAGGCCCAUGCUGAACAAUAAGGUAUAUUGGGUUUUUAAACUGUUCACAUACAAGUAGAUGAUUGCCAGUGGUCCUUUACUGAUGUAUAUGGCUGACCAAUCAAACUCUAGCCUUGUUUGAGCAAAAAAUAAAACUCAGCUAGCUGAGAAUACAAUAUAUUGUUAAGAAAUAUACUGUCAUAUAUUUCCCAAAAUACAUUCUUGUGGUAACUUCCACAUUUCUGCAAUACAAUCUUUUUACCAAUAACAAUAGACCAAAUCGUCUACUAUCUGCUCUAUUAAAUACUACUAACUCUGAUAUGAAGAAGUCAACCAUACUUUCAAAUUUCAAAGCCACUUGAAUUUUAAAGUGUCCCAUCCUAAAUUGCACUAAAAAUGCUCAAAAUUGCUCCUAAGUAAUUGCAAUGUCAGGCAGUUAGCAUGAGUUUAAAGAAGACUACAUAUGAUAUUUUUGAUAUGACAUAUUCUUCUAGAGACUGGUUCUUAAUCUGACACCCAUCCUGCCCAUGAAUUCCCUAUUGCACCCAUAGGGCAGUGUAGGGCUCUGUGAUGCCCCCUUUGGAAGGCUAAGGUCUUCCCAAGGACAUGUUUGGCUAAAAUAAUGGUCUAGUCCUUUUCUGGGACAGUACUUUAAACUGUGGAAAUAUACUAUUAGAGUGGAGUGCAAAGAAAGAAUGCCAAAUUUCACCUUUGAGUGGUUUAAAUAAGUAUAUUAUAAUUUCUGCCUAAUUGGUACAAUACAUUCCAGUGGCGAAUGGUUGACAAGGGAGAUACAUUUUGGCAUAAGAACCAUGCAGGUGUCACUAGCAGCAGAUACUUACAUGAGAGAUAUACGUUUUAUAAUGCAAUGAACUUCUAAAGUUACUUGAGGAAGUGUUGGGGAUGGUAGUUCUUUUUUUAUUAGCAUGAAUGGAGUCAGGGUGCUGGUGAUGCAUGAAAAAUACCCUCACUGCCAAAUGAGGAGAGUGUUUUUAAAAUAACUGAAUUUGUAGGGGCACCUUGGUGGCAGAAGAAAGUGUCAUUAGUACAAGAGAGUGGGACACAGCUAAUAUAAGGUGGAAGAGUAUGCUUAAAUGCCAGUCUUACAAAGUAAACAUAACGGAUUGUAAUUUGAUGACUAUUUCAAUGUAAUAUGUUAAUUGUAUUAAAUAGGUAAUAUGAUGCCUUUUAUUGGAUCAAUGUAUAUGUAAUCAAUAGUAUGAAAUCUGCUGUCUUCUGCAUUGUGGUAAUGAUUGCCAUACAGCUUAUUUUACUCUCAUGAUGUAUGAGUAUUAUCACAAAUGUUAAUGGACGUACAAAAAAAAUGUAAAAACCUUUACAUUCAAUUGAAUUUACAAUCUUGAAGAACUGAAGGUCAUUUUUGCAAGGAAAAAAUUGACAUUGUGAUCGAUGAUGUACUUUCUGAAGUUAUCAAGCUUGUAAAUUCAAUCAAAUCUUAGGACAAUAAAAAGUGCUAUAAUACCUAUUCUUUACAAAAGCAAAGAAGGAAAACAUGAUUUUUUAACUUUACCAGUAAGGCUGGGGUUCUUAGAGGAAUAAAAGAUAGAGAAAGAUAGAAAAAGAUAUGAAAAAGGAGAGAACAGAUUUUGUGUUGCCAGUGACUGUAACCAGAAGGUACCAAAAAUGAUUGGGGGUGGUUUCAUAGCUACACAAAGGCAAUAGUGUAAGGCAAGCAUGUUGCUAAUAGGGUAGCCCAGCUAUUUAAAGGAGUGAGUGGGUAUUUCAUGUUUAGAGAGUAUCUAAUUGGGGGCAUGAGAUCCCUUCCAGAAUCUAGUCAGCUUCCAGUUUCAACAAUGACUCUUAUUGCAAAACAUCUACCCCUUCUGUGCAGUGUGCUUGGGGGCCCUGUUGCAUGGGAGGGGUAAGGCAAACCUGCCUCUUAGAGAUGGCUGGCACCAUUUGGUGGUUGGCCCUCAUUAGUAAUAUCUAAUUUCUAGAUUUUUAUUUUAAACAAACUUGAAAAAAAAUUAAAAUGACACGUAGAACCUAUAAUCGGUUUUCUAGAAAAUGUCUGAAUGUCACAGAUCUAGGGAAAAAAAUAAAUACUGUUCAAGAA